GAAAAGAGGUGAAUAAAGAACAAUAAGGUUGCAACCUGAACUAAUUUCUCGGUAUUUCUUAAAACUACUCUACCUAAUUUUCAAUUUAUGUAUUUAGUAUUGUGGUUAUAAUGUUAAAAUGCCAAGUUACUACUUCAAAUAAAUAAUACAAAAACGCACUUGUUUAAUACAUCAAUUUGACUAUGUAACUUAGCUUACACUACUAAAUAUUCAGAAAAUAUCGUUAUAUUUAGUAUUGUUCUUUAAACAAUAAUAACUCAUAUAAAGAUCCAAAAAUUAAAACUACAAGUUAGCCUUCAAAAACGAGUAACAUAAAACGUCUGCUAUUCUAUAGGAUCUAUGUACGAUUCACUGAAAUAUACCUUUUUAGUGACGCAAUUGAUUAAUAGUUAUCGAAAAUGUGCGCUUGAAUUUAAUCCUGAGCGUUUACAAGAUGAAACAUCAAAAAAAGUAUUCGCUUUGAUUGGUGAAGCUUAUGAUGUUUUAAGUGAUCCAUUGCGUAGAGCUGUAUAUGAUCAAUAUGGAGAAGAGGGUCUCAAAAGGGGUGUUCCCAUAUCAAAAGAAAAUUAUUUCGCUCCUUAUCAUUAUCACGGGGAUCCCAUGAGAACUUAUAGGAACUUCUUUGGAACAACGUCUCCUUACGCUGACUUAAUGGAUUAUCUCCUUAAUCCCCCACCUCUUUUUGAUCAACCUGAAGGAAGGGGUAUACGUAAAAAACAACCCCCCAUUUAUCAUAUUUUAUAUUUAACGCUUCAUGAGGUUUUCUUCGGUGGCGUUAAAAAAAUGAAAAUACAAAGACUACAAUUUGUUGAUGAGAAGAAAAACAGGACAGAAAUAAAAGAAAAAAUCUUAAGUAUUCCAAUAAAACCGGGAUUAAGACCAAAAACACAAAUAGUGUGUCCCGAAGAAGGAGAUCAAAAUCCAACCCAAAUACCUGCUGAUGUUAUAUUUGUAACGGAAGACAGACCGCACGAAACAUUUCACAGAGAAAAUGAUGAUCUCGUAAUGACUGCUGACAUUUCUCUGCAGGAUGCUUUACUCGGGACAACUGUUGUUGUAAAUACUAUUGAUCAUAGGACUGUUAGAGUUCCAAUAACCGACAUUGUUCAUCCGGGCUAUGAAAAAAUAGUUCCUAAUGAAGGGAUGCCCAUUUUGGAGAACCCCAAUACUAAAGGGAACCUGAUUAUAAGAUUUAAUAUACAUUUUCCCGAUUACUUGCCAAAAGCAUGCAAGGAAAUUAUGCAGAAGGCGUUCAUCUGUUCGAGGGCAGGAGGUGGAUUUGGACAAGACGAAAUGAUAAAUAAAAUUGUUCUUGCUGACAAAAUACUACGGGUUGAUCCUGACGAGCAAAUGCCACCGUGUUUUAAUUGAGCAACGAUUAAUAAUUAUCUAUUAUGUUCUUCUUUUUAGACUUUAAUUUUCUAAAAAGGAAGUGUUUCUAGUGUUUG